AUGGGAAAUUGGCGCCGCGGUCGCCCCGCGUGCGACGUCACGCGACGUGACGCACGUACGCACGCGCGCGCCAGACUGGCUCGCGAGCCCGGCGCGGCCUUAGCAGAGGCGCCACAAGAGGCAGCAGGAGGCGGCGACGACGGCGGCGGCGGCGGCUUUUUUCCCCGUAACUACGGCAGUCAAUUUGGGGUGACGGAAGAAGAACCCCCCUCAAGUAGCCGGCUAGGCAGACCGUCAGUGACACACACGGAGGAGGGAGGCGGAAGUGCGGACGCUCGCUCGUGUGUGCGCGCGCAGCCCCCGAGCCGCGUACGGAGUCUCGCGAGGUCUCGCGUGGUUUGCGCCCCCACCGCGCCUCCGCCGCCACCGCCGCCGCCGCCAAGGGUCGCGUCUUCUCGCCCCUACCGCGCAAGUUCUCGCGAGAGUCCGCGGCGAGGCGAGGCCCGGCGCGGCGCGGCGCGGCGCGACUUGAGACGCGACUUGCGACGCGACUGGACUGGACGCGGCGCGCGGUCGGCUGAGGGGGCCGCGCCGCGCCUCGCUUCGCCUCGGGGGGGUCUCGGCGGGCGGGCGGGGGCGGGCGCUCGGCGUCUCCCGCCGCCUCUGCCCGCGCCCGCCAUGGCCUCCGGGGCCGGAGGAGCCGGAGGGGGCGUCGGCGGCGGCAAGAUCCGGGCGCGGCGGUGCCACCCGGGGCCCGUGAAGCCCUACCAGCCCGGCCGGCCGCAGCCCCGGGCGCAGGCGCAGCCGCAGGUGAGCGCGGGGCCGGGCGGGCGGGCGUGUGUGUGUGUGUUGCCCCUCCGCGGGCCCCGGCCGGCCGAGCGCGGAGGCCGGGACCGGAAGUGGCCGCGGCGGCGGAGGCCCGGGCGGGAUCGCGGCUCGCACGUGCGGGCCCGCAGCCGUUUUGCGGGACGGGCUCCUGCGCUCCCUCGCUCGCUCGCUCGCUCACGCACUCACACGCGUCCACUCUCGCUCGCUCGCACAUGCUUUUCUGAACCCCCUUUAUGUUUUUCUUCACAACAGGGCAUUCUUAGUAGAGUUACAGAAUCUGUUAAGAACAUUGUGCCAGGAUGGCUGCAAAGAUACUUCAAUAAGAAUGAAGAUGUAUGUAACUGUUCAACAGAUACAAGAGAGGUAGCACAGUGGUCGGAAAAUAGAGAAGGUGACCACCUCGUCUAUGCUGAUGAGGAGAACUCAAAUAUUCAUGAUGGGAGAAUCACUCCUGAGCCAACAGUCAGUAAUACGGAAGAGCCCUCAACAACCAGUACUGCUUCAAAUUAUCCAGAUGUAUUAACAAGGCCUUCUCUACAUCGGAGCCAUUUGAAUUUCUCUAUGUUGGAAUCUCCGGCAUUACACUGUCAGCCCUCUACGUCCUCGGCAUUCCCAAUUGGCAGUUCUGGUUUUUCCCUUGUGAAAGAAAUUAAAGAUUCUACCUCUCAGCAUGAUGAUGAUAACAUCUCAACGACUAGUGGGUUUUCUUCAAGAGCGUCUGAUAAAGACAUCGCUGUGACAAAGAACACUUCAGUGCCACCUCUGUGGUCCCCAGAGGCUGAACGUUCUCAUUCACUGUCACAGCACACUGCCACCAGCUCAAAGAAACCAGCAUUCAAUUUGUCUGCUUUUGGGACGCUCUCCCCUUCUCUUGGGAACUCAACCCUUAAAACAAGUCAGCUUGGAGAUUCUCCCUUUUAUCCUGGAAAAACAACUUACGGAGGGGCCGCAGCUGCUCUGAGACAGCCUAAACUGCGGAACUCACCAUACCAGGCACCAGUCAGAAGGCAGAUGAAAGCUAAGCAACUCAAUGCGCAGUCCUAUGGGGUGACCAGUACAACAGCCCGGAGAAUAUUGCAGUCUUUAGAGAAGAUGUCCAGCCCGCUAGCGGAUGCAAAAAGAAUUCCAUCUGUUGUUUCUUCUCCCUUCAAUUCACCCCUUGAUAGGAGUGUGAUUGAUGCCACCACAGAUUUUCAGGCCAAAAGAGAAAAGGUGGAUUCUCAUUACCCUCCUGUUCAGAGACUCUUGACCCCUAAACCAUUGUCCAUAGCAACAAAUAGAACGGUUUAUUUUAAACCAUCUCUGACCCCAUCUGGUGAAUUAAAGAAGACUAAUCAAAGAAUAGAUAAAAAGCACAGUAUUGGAUAUGAAAAAAAUACGACAACAGGGCAAAAUAGAGAACGGGAAAGUAGCUUUUCUUACCCAAAUUUCAGUACGCCUGCAGCCAAUGGUUUACCUUCUGGAAUAAGUAGUGGAGGUGGCAAGAUGAGGCGGGAGCGAAUACACUUUGCUGCAGCUAAAGUUCCAGAAGAGGAGGAAAUGGAAGUACCAGUAUUACCGAAAAUCUCCCUGCCCAUCACUAGUUCUUCACUCCCUACCUUCAACUUCAGUUCAUCUGUGAUCACAACUUCUUCUUCACCCAUUGCUUCUUCACAGUCAUUAACAAACAAGCAGGUACAAAUGACUUCUUCAAAUAGCACUGGCAGUCCUAUGUUUAGAUUUUCAUCUCCAAUUGUAAAGUCUACUGAGGCAGAUGAACUACCUCCAUCAUCUAUUGGGUUUACAUUUAGUGUUCCUGUUGCUAAAACAACUGAACUUUCUGGCUCUGGGAAUGAUUCAGAACCAAUUCCAAGUAGUUCAGCUCAAGAUAUACCUACAAUGAACAGUAAUAGCUGUAAGAAGCUAAGUGAAGAUUAUGAAGGCCCUUUUAAACCUGCAAAGGUUAUGAAAGAGGGAAAUAUCGUAGAUACUCAGAAGUUCUCUGGCUUUUCAUCACCGAAGACAGAGUCUUUUGCUGCUCAGCCUACCACCACAAGUCCAGUAGUUUAUACAAGACCAGCAAUAAGUAGCUUUUCAUCUAGUGGAAUUGGAUUUGGGGAAAGUUUAAAAGAUGGAUCCAUGUGGCAGUGUCAUAUUUGUCUAGUCCAGAAUAAAGUUACAGACAGCAAGUGCUUGGCUUGUCAAGCAACAAAAUUAUCAAAGGAUACUGCUAAACAGACUGGAAUUGGAACAUCAAGUAAAAAUUGCAAACCAGCUCCUUCUGCAUCAGGGACAGGCUUUGGAGACAAAUUUAAACCAGCAGUAGGAACUUGGGAUUGUGAUACUUGCUUAGUGCAAAAUAAACCGGAAGCGAUCAAAUGUGUGGCCUGUGAAACACCGAAACCUGGAACUGGUGUGAAGCGAGUCCUCACACGGCCAGUAUCUUCCGAAAGUUCUGUGACUGUGGCUACUACGUCUUUCAGCUCCACUGUGACCACUGGAACCUUAGGAUUUGGUGAUAAAUUCAAAAGGCCUGUGGGAUCUUGGGAGUGUCCAGUGUGCUGUGUUGUUAACAAAGCAGAAGAUAAUAAAUGUGUGUCCUGUAUGUCCGAGAAACCAGGAACUUCAGUACCUGCUUCAAGUAGCAGCACUAUCCCUGUUUCUCAGGCUUCUGGAGUCUUUUCAGGAUUCGAUAAAUUCAAGAAACCUGAGGGGAGCUGGAACUGUGAUGUAUGCCUUGUGCAGAAUGAAGCAUUUCGCACCAAGUGUGCAGCGUGUGAAAGUGCAAAACCAGGCACACAGUCAGAGUUGAAAGGCUUUGGUACAUCUUCCUCCUCAUCGAAUUCAGGCGCCUCAGCCUUCAAAUUUGGUCUUCCAUCGACCUCUUCUGGGCUCCCUCAGACUGUAUCAAAUACUGGAACUUUUAAAUUCGGAGAUCAGGAAGCCUUCAAAAUAGGUGUGUCAUCAGAUUCUGGUCCUGUAAACCCUGUGGGUGAAAGCUUUAAAUUUUCAAAACCAAUGGGAGAUUUUAAAAUUGGAAUUUCACCCGAUCUUAAACCUGAAGAAGCUAAAGAGAGUAAGACUGAAGUUAAUUUUAAGUUUGGAAUUCCUGCUUCUUCAAGCAACCCAUCUUCUGCAACUCCAUUUCAGUUCGGGGUCUCUAAUCUCGGGCAGCAAGAAAAGAAAGAGGAGCUGUCUAAAUCUUCAGCUGCAUCCUUCAGCUUUGGUACAGCGACUGUGAACACCACCUUGACCUCUGAGAAUCAGAGCAACUGCAGCUUUGGAACCCUAGAAACCAAGAGUGUUUCAGCAGCUCCUUUCACAUGUAAGACAUUGGAAGCCAAAAAAGAAGAAAUGCCCACUGCCAAAACUGGGUUCACUUUUGGCAAGACGGAACCUUCCCCCCUGCCACCUGCCUCAUUGUUUGCUUUGGGAAGGACAGAAGAAAAACAGCAAGAGCCUGUCACUUCUACUUCUCUGGUGUUUGGGAAAAACACCGAUAAUGAAGAACCAAAGUGUCAGCCAGUGUUUUCCUUUGGGAGUUCCGAGCAAACCAAAGACGAGAAUCCUUCAAAGUCAAACUUCAGUUUCAGUAUAGCAAAAUCAUCUGAGAAGGAAUCUGAACAGCCAACCAAGGCCACAUUUGCUUUUGGAGUUCAAACCAGUACCACAGCUGAUCAAGGUGCUGGAAAGCAAGGCUUUAGUUUUUUGAACAGCAAUUCCUCGAAUUCCAGUACAACAGCUACUUCAGCCGUUGGUGGUCUGUUUGGUGGCGCCACCUCCUCCAAUGCGCCUGGGACUGCCUUUCUGUUCAGCCAGGCCAGCAGUACAGUGAGCAGCUCUGCCUUUGGGAACUCGACAGAAUCCAGUUCAUCUCAGUCUUUGCUGUUUCCUCAAGAGAGCAAACCUGCAACCACCUCCAGCACAACUACAGCUGCCACCACCCCGUUUGUCUUCGGGUCAGGAGCCAGCACUAAUAAUACUGGAGCCUCUGGCUUUGGCUUUGGCGCCCCGACUACAUCGAGCUCUGCAGGAUCCUCCUUUGUCUUCGGCACUGGGUCUUCAGCACCAUCUGCAAGUCCAGCCUUCGGUGCUAGCCAGACCCUGACAUUUGGGCAAAGUCAAGGUGCCAACCUGCCCAAUCCUUCCGCUUUUGGGUCCCUGUCAUCAUCGACCUUGUUCUCUGCCACCUCUCAACCCCCAGCACCUUCUUUCGGCGCAGUGUCCAGCAGUAGCCAGGCGCCUGUGUUCGCGCAGCAGCCCGGCCAGUCUACCUUUGGCUCUGGAGCAGCUCCCAAUGCCAGCUCCAUUUUCCAGUUUGGCAGCAGCAGCACGACAAAUUUCAACUUCACAAACAACAACCCAUCAGGAGUAUUCACGUUUGGUGCAAAUACAAGCACACCUGCAGCCUCAGCCCAGUCCUCGGGCUCUGGAACCUCUGCAUUUAUCCAGGCUUCAGCAACGUUCACUGUGGGGUCAAAUGGGAAAAAUCUAUUCUCUUCUGGAACUUCAGUUCAUGGUCGCAAGAUAAAGACUGCUGUUAGACGCAAGAAAUAAAGGUCACAGUGGUGUUGAACAACAGUUUUAACAGCUGGUUCCCUGCUUUCACAUACUGGAUUAUACUACGUUGGGGAUGGCUGAAGUCAGAGCUGCCUAAACUUCUUUAAUUUUGGAACUGGUUCUUUUUUUUUUUUUUGGUUAUAGAAUUCAUGUCUCCCCACCUCCCUUUCAAAAAUAAUAGCUAGACUGGUGACUGAUUCUUCAGCAAAAAUGUUUUAUGAUCCAGCAAAUUACCCACUGAUUGGCGUAGGCUGGCUGAAGCCAGGAAUAAACCCACUUUGCGAAUGGCUUUGUAUAGAACCUCUUUGUCUGCACCUAUGUGCAUUGCUGUGCGUUUCUGGAACGCAUGGAAAUUGUCAUUUUAUCCGAGGAAUUCUGUAUAGAUUAGAGGACGUUGAAAUGGAUGAUUUCUCUGCCGAAUCUGUGCUGGUGUGUGUGUGAAGUGAGUGAGUUGGGUGUAUCGUGCACUAAAAUGUUCUGAUAGAGGAAGCCUGAUUACAGAAGAGUCCAUGCUACGGACUUGUUAGAUCUAGUUCCUUCUCCAUUUAAUAAUUACAUGCUAUUUCUCUAUUUUCAUUCUUCUAUCACCUGUCUUGCCUUUUUCAUUAUUUUAUUAUGAAACUUGUGUAAAUACAAUUUUGUUUCUGUACUUUUGGCAUAACUAAAUCUGUGAACUUGAAAUUUUAAUUUUGUGUUAGAGAUGUUUUUGUUGUUCGUUUAGUCUUGUCUCAGAUUUUAUUAUGUAAAUCUCAUUAUUCAAAGUUGCCUAACUCCAUUUGGAAAUCUUUAAAAAAAAUUGGGGAUUGUUAAAAUGAAUUUAUUGGCUUUUCUGAUCCAUUUUUGUUUGGACCAAAAACCAGUAUUGUACAAAGUAUUAAGCAUAUAUUUUUAUAUUUACUGAAAUGGACUGUGGUGACUUUGGAUAAUAAGGAAAAGUUUAAUAUUGAAGCCAUGUUUAUUACAGUAUAAUUAACAUGUUAAACCAUGGGAUAAAUGCCAUCAAUAAAAAAUUAUGAAAUUC